GGGAGGAGGCCGUGGCUGAACUGUGACACUGACGUGGAGGAGUCGGGAGUGAGCGACUAACUUCAGGACAAACUCCGUUCCUGACUGAAAUACAACUUCGCUCCUUCGGAAAGGGCUGCAGACCCUCGGUGGCGUCAAGCAGGAUGAGUCUGGACAAAGCGGAGCUGUGCGACUCGCUGCUAACCUGGCUGCAGACGUUCCAGGUGCCGUCCUGCAGCAGCAAGAGUGACCUCACCAGUGGAGUCGCCAUCGGACACGUCCUGAACAGAAUAGACCCCUCAUGGUUUAAUGAGACGUGGCUGAACAGGAUCAAGGAGGAGAGCGGGGCGAACUGGCGCCUGAAGGUCAGCAACUUGAAAAAGAUUCUGAAGAGCAUGCUGGAGUAUUACCAUGACGUCCUGGGUCACCAGGUAGCCGAGGAGCACUUGCCAGAUGUGAAUCUCAUUGGAGAAAUGGGUGACGUCACCGAGCUGGGCAAACUGCUGCAGCUGGUGCUCGGCUGUGCCGUCAGCUGCGACAAGAAGGAAGAACAAAUCCAGCAGAUCAUGACCCUUGAGGAGUCGGUCCAGCACGUUGUCAUGACAGCCAUUCAAGAGAUCCUGGCAAAAGAGCCGACAUCUGAACCAGGAAGUCCAGAGACCUACGGGGACUUUGACUACCAGUCCAGGAAGUACUACUUUCUGAGUGAGGAGGCAGAUGAGAAAAAUGACCUGAGCCAGCGCUGCAGGGACCUGGAACAUCAGUUAUCGGUGGCUCUGGAGGAGAAGUCGUCCCUGCAGGCGGAGACCAGAUCCCUGAAAGAGAAGCUGAGCCGCCGGGAUUCUUUGGACUUGUCCACCAUCACGGGCAAGAAGCUGCUGCUGCUGCAGAGUCAGAUGGAGCAGCUGCAGGAGGAGAACUACAGGCUGGAGAACAGUCGGGACGACAUGCGCGUACGGUCGGACAUUCUUGAACGUGAGGUCACUGACCUGCAGAUACGAAAUGAGGAGCUGACCAGUCUGGCUCAGGAAGCUCAGGCGCUCAAAGAUGAGAUGGAUAUUCUCAGACACUCGUCCGACCGGGUGAACCAGCUGGAGGCUCUGGUGGAGACCUACAAGAGGAAGCUGGAAGAUCUGGGAGACCUGCGCAGGCAGGUGCGCCUCCUGGAGGAGCGCAACAACGUGUACAUGCAGCGCACAUGCGAGCUGGAGGAGGAGCUUCGGCGGGCCAACGCCGUCCGCAAUCAGCUGGACACCUACAAGAGACAGGCGCACGAGCUUCACACCAAGCACUCGGCCGAGGCCAUGAAGGCGGAGAAGUGGCAGUUCGAGUUCAGGAACCUUCAUGACAAGUAUGACGCGCUGGUGAAGGAGAAAGAAAGCUGCAGUGGACAGUGGUCCUCUGUCUUCCCACACAUUGGUAUCAGGAACCUCUCCCACCUGGAACAUACCACGAGAGUCAUGACCCAUCUGGCCUGUGGUCAUAAUGUUUUGGUUGAUCAGGGAUAUAACCGUGAGUUAGAGCCGCUUCUGUCGUCUGAAAAUAUGAGCGUGUUUUUAUUCCAGCGGCUGAUUUCUGAGAGAGACACGCUGCGGGAGACCAACGACGAGCUGAGGUGUGCUCAGGUUCAGCAGAGGGGUUUAGGUGAAACGGGAGGCUUGUGUGACGGUGCUGCUGUGGGGAACCUGGCGGCUGAGAUCAUGCCCACCGAGCUCAGAGAGACGGUGGUGCGCUUGCAGAGCGAGAACAAGAUGCUGUGCGUCCAGGAGGAGAAGUACAGGCAGAACCUGGUGGAGGCGGCGGCCGAGUUGGAAGAGGCCCAGCGCAGCAAGAACGCCCUGGAGACCCAGAACAGGUUGAAUGAGCAGCAGAUCUCUGAGCUGCGUGCUCAGGUGGAGGAGCUCCAGAAGGCUCUGCAGGAGCAGGACAGCAAGACGGAGAACUCCUCACUGCUGAAGAAGAAGCUUGAGGAGCACUUGGAGAAGCUUCAUGAGGCGCACUCGGACCUCCAGAAGAAGAGAGAGGUCAUCGAUGAUCUGGAGCCCAGAGUGGACGACAACAUGGCUCGGAAGAUCGAUGAACUGCAGGAGAUCCUGCGGAAGAAGGACGAGGACAUGAGGCAGAUGGAGGCUCGGUACAAGCGCUACGUGGAGAAGGCCAGAACGGUGAUCACCACUCUGGAUCAUAAGCAGCCGGUGACUUCCGCUCCAGAAGUUCAGGCCCUGAAGAACCAGCUGUCGGAGAAGGAAAGAAGGAUCCAGCACUUGGAGAGCGACUACGAGAAGAGCAGGACGAGGCACGACCAGGAGGAGAAGCUCAUCAUCAGCGCCUGGUACAACAUGGGAAUGGCGCUGCACCAGAGGGUGUCCAGCGAGCGACUGACGCCCUCCAGCCAGAGCAUGUCCUUCCUGGCCCAGCAGAGGCAGUACACCAACGCCCGGCGAGGCCUGACCCGACAGCAGCCGCGAUAGAUGACGCCUUCGCUGGUCGCUGCACCUCCAACCUCACACGCUGCUGACACUGGACUCCUGCCUGCUGGAAAGUGUCUCCCCUUUUUUAACUUUUUAAAACAAACUUUUAUGUUACGCUAGACUUCAGUUUUUAGAUGGACCAGAACUCCUGGUUGAUUUCUGUCUGUGGAAGAUGGAAUCAUCGGGUGGGAGACACGAAGGACUCUGAGCCAUGAAGGUGUGCGGUGGCUUUCUCCUCUUGUGUGUGUGUGUGCCUGUUCACUUUAUGGAAGAGUUUUACACCAAAGCACUUUCCCCUGACCUGUGAAGUGCUUCAACACUAGCUAGCUCCAGAGAGCAGAGCUGCCAGUCUCUCUCUCCGUCGCCUUCGGAAUGAAGUUAUUUUUUAUUUGGCAUGUCUUUUUUUUGCCAGGGGGAUCUUCACCUUUUUCUUUUGUUUUGACACUCGUUUUUCUGCCCAAAAAUGUAAAAAAAUGUCGGUAACAAGGUGGGACCGAGAAGCACACACACCGCUGUACGGAACGUGCGCCAGUGAAUCCACACCGAAGCCUUUAACUUAAUGACGGAGAACCUUAGCUGCGUGACUUCCUUUAUAACUGAGCCAGACGUUUAGGGUUCACUGUGAGGUGCCGGGUUUGAAGCCGCUACCUGCUGUCAGACUUCACUACUGACCUCUUCGAAAUACGUCCCAUAUCUGCUGCUGAGUGGCGACCACCCGGGGAAUGUUGUGCUAUAAUCUGCGACUCUUUUGUUCUCAGUUCGUGGGUGUUUUUGCACAUGUUUUCAUGAGUUUACUUUGAGCGUGUUGUGGGUUCUCAUCAUGGGCUCGUAGGUUAUAGCAUCACACCGGGGUUUCAAGCCACGAAACAUCUCAAGUCUGAGACUUUUGCACAAAUAAAUGGGAAUUUUACA